AUGGGGUCACCAAACGGCGAUACCCUCGUUUCCUCCUUGCCUGAGCUUUUGGAGCAAGGCAAAUACCUCGAGGUUUUGCUGUCUGAACCAGGCAAAGCGCUGAUUCGGAGCUAUGUCCACCAGCAGCAGUCGCCAUCACCACCACCACAGGACCAGAAUCACAACAGCAACAGCAAAAUUGUCGGACUAGCCGCUUUUAACGCUUUCUUGCAGGGGAAUGUCACCGGCCCUGUGCUUGACGACACCCUCCUCUCUCGGGUCGAGAAAGCGUUUGGGACGACGGAGAAUGAGAGGAAGGAUCUCGCGAGGAGAUGCCUGGCGGAGCUGCAGGUGGAUGGCGUGGGGGUGUACGCGUAUGUCCCGCUGUUGGAACUUUUUGGGUUGGCGAGGUGGGUUUUGUUGGGGUUGGGCGAUGAUGAGAAGGAGAGGUUGAGGGUGAAUGUCUGGCAUUACAAGCUCUUGACGGAGCCUAGUCUGGGGAGCGGGAGCAGUUUCAACAAGGGGUUGCAGUGGUGUGAGGUGCCCAGUUUGAGGGCGGAGAUUGAGCGGGCGCUGGAGGGGGGGCAGGAAAAGGACGGGGAGGCGUUGGUCGAGAGGGCCAUGGUCUGGAUUAUGCUUGGGCAGGAGAAGAAGGCUAGGGGGGUGCUGGAGGAGGCGAGGAAGGAGAGGGGGUUUGUUUAUACGCUUACUGGAGCUUUGGGUAAGAGGACGAAGUUUCAGGAGAGGAGCACGAGUCAACUUGUUGUUUUGGCGAGGAGUAAGGGGGCGUUUGAGAGCGGGGGUGGGGAGGUGAAGCCCGAGGGGCUGAAGUUGAAUGAUGAUACUUUGCUGGAGGAGUUGAAGUUUGAUAAAGAGGGGGGAGAGACGGAUAUCGGGGAGAGGGAUGAUGAAAAGGAGGAUGUGCCGGUGGAGUUGAGGGAUAUCAAACCGGAUGAGCAGCCGCAGCUCGCGCCGCUGGAUCAGAUUAUCUUGUUGGCGGAGGCUACGCUCAAAGAUGCGUUCUCACCGGCGGACACUUUGAGCUCGGAGGAGGUGUUGCCUUUUGCGGUGAGGGUCAUCUCAGAUCAGGGCAAGACAAACUGGCAGAUUUAUACGCAUGCGCUGCUGGUGAGGUCGAGGAUUGAGGUGCACAGGAGCAGGACGAUGGAGAGAGGGGUGCUGCAGAUGCAGGCGGUGGUGGAUCAGGUCGUUGUUGAUACCACACAGCCGGAGCGUGCCCAGACGCAAGAGGAGAAGGAGGGAGAGGAGGAGAAUGGGGUACCGGAAAUCAAGGUCUCUGUGCAUGGCGACGAAGCUGCCCCCGUCGACAACAAGCCAAAAUCCUUCUUCCCCGCCGCCAAACCGUCAGAGACAGCACCUCCAGAAGUCAGAUUGCGGUACAUUCACACGCUGAGCUCGCCACCACGAUGGCAUCUGGAGUCAGAGCUGGCCUACUCCUGGGCUGGUGUCGGAUCGCUGGUGUCCGCCCUGGAGAUCUUCAAGCGCCUUCGCCUGUGGGCAGAGGUGGCACUUUGCUAUGCCAGUAAUGCCGCGAGGGAAGACGAAGGCGGGCGCGGAAAGGAUGGAGAGGCCAGGGCAAAGGCUAUCCUCCGGUGGAGGCUAUUCAACAAGACGGGAACCGCCCCUGAGAACUCGGAGCAAGACGCAGACGAGGAAGACGUGGACCUUGACAAGAUCCGAGAGGCCGACUACCACGGCCCCCAGCGGACGCCACCGCCCUCCAACGCCCCUCGCCUGUGGUGUCUUCUUGGAGACCUUGAGAACGAAAAGAACUACUACGAGCGGGCCUGGGAGAUUUCGGGUCAACGAUAUGCCAGAGCCCAAAAGUCUUUGGGAGAAUACUACUUGCAACAAAAGGAUCUGCUCAGCGCCCGAGAUGCGUACAAACAGGCGGUGCACGUCAACAGGCUGAGCAACGAGUUGUGGAACCGUCUGGGAGACAUCAGCUUGCGCAUGGGAGAGUUUGCCGAUGCCGCUGAGGCGUUUAGCAGAGCCAUCUCGUCCUCCGACUCCAAUGGCGGCGAGGAUGCCAGGACGUGGAGUAACCUCGGCAGCGCCUUUUACAGUCUCUAUGUCGAGCGGGUCAAGGAGUUGAGGCAGCAAAACGAGAACGGCGUGUCAGCCGAGUCAGCAGCUGUCCCUGGUGAUGAUGAAGACGAGGAGACGGUUGAGAAGGAGGCGAAGGACCCAAAGACUUUGCUGACCCAGUCGUUGCAUGCCUACAAGAAGGGGGCUUCGAUUUCGCAUGACAACUGGCGCAUCUGGGACAAUGUUAUUACCCUGGCCUCUCGGCUGCGACCGAUUGCUGUCCAGGAGGUUCUUCUCGGCUUGCAGCAUGUGGUUAGGAUCAGGAAGAGCGAGGACGCGGUUGAUGUUGAUGUUUUGAGGCUACUGCUCAACGAGGCUGUGUUGUCUGUGGAGAAGCCGGCUGGAACGGGCAUCUACGACCCCCCUCGUGGAUCGACCGAGAGAGCGGUGGUGCAGUUCUUGGAGACGUCGAUUGUUCCCCUGACUACGGCCCGUUCUGAGUUCUGGGAGCUCAUCACCAGAGAGCGAGUUUGGAAGAGAGACUUUGCGGGCGCCAUUGACGCGGCUGAAAAGGCCUGGCGCGCUGCCAUGGGCGGUGCUGGCGGUGGCCUGCUCCCCGGUUCCAGCAGCACAGGGCCUGAUGGGAAGAGCAGGAACUGGUUGGAGGACAAGGAUGCGUGGGCCGUCGUUGUCGAGAGAACAGAUGAACUGGUCUCGGUCCUCGAGAACUAUGGCGAGGAGGUUCCCGAAAUCGGGGGCAAGUGGAAAGGCAAGGCUCGGUUGGCCGUCAGAAGUGUCAUGGGCAAGGGCAAAGAGGCCUGGGAGGACACGGAAGGGUGGGAUAGACUCAAGGGCUUGCUGGAGGGACUAAAGUAG